GUUUUAAUUGAGUUUCAGACAAGUUAAUUUAAAUUAAACCAUAGAGUUUAAAUAAUUCCAUACUCGUUCUAAUUAAUUGUUAAGGUACAAAAAAGAUAACACAAUCUUAAAGCAUUAACAGUUCGAUAAAAUUUAAAGAUGCAAAGAAAGUAUGAUGUAAUAAUUUUUGGAGCAUCUGGCUACACAGGAAAAUUUUCUAUUCGUGAGGGAAUAAAUAUUUUAGAAGGAUUAAAUUGGGCUAUUGCCGGAAGAAAUAAGGAAAAAUUGGAAAAUAUCUUACAUGAAGUGGGAAAUAAUGUGAAAGCUGAUUUGUCAAAAAUUCCUAUCAUUAUUGCUGAUGUCGAAGAUGAAAAAUCAAUAAAGGAAAUGACUGCUCAGACAAAAGUGAUUGUAAACCUUUGUGGUCCUUACUAUCUCUACGGCGAAGUCGUUGUAAAAGCUUGUGUAGAUUCAGCUACACAUCAUGUAGAUAUAUCAGGAGAACCGCAGUUUAUUGAAAAGAUGCAAUUAAAAUACCAUGACCUUGCUCGAGAAAGAGGAAUUUUUAUAAUUUCAGCAUGUGGCCUUGAAUCUAUUCCUGUUGACAUAGGUUUAAAUUUUAUGGAAGAAAAGUUCAAUGGUACUUUAAAUUCUGUUGAAAGUUAUUUAAGAAUAUACAUGGACAAGGGCUCUGAUCAAUCAGGAGCAAAUUUAAAUAAAGGGACUUUAUUUUCUGCUAUUCAAGUUGUAGCUAAUUUCUUUGAAAUGAUAAGUUUGCGCCGACAACUUUAUCAAAAUCCAUUACCACCUUUAAAACCAACCCUUAAAAAUCGCUUGAUUCAUAAGCAGACUAUAACAAAUAAAAGUCGUUGGUGUAUUCCUUUGAUUGAACCUGAUCCGUCUACUGUUCUGAGAUCACAAAGAUAUUUAUAUGAAAAUGAAAAUAAACGUCCCGUUCAAGUGCAUUCAUAUCUUGUAUUAAAUAAAAUUUAUGAAGUUAUUGGAUGCAUGUUAAUUGGGUUUUUCAUACUUUUACUGUCACCAUUAAGUUUUACAAGAAAUCUUCUCUUUAAAUUUCCUGAAAUAUUUACAUUUGGAGUGUUUUGUAAAGAUGGACCAAAAGAAGACAAAAUGGAUCAAACUUAUUUUGAAGUAAUCCUGUUUGGUAAUGGAUGGAAGGAAGGAACUUUGAAUACCAACUCUAUACAACCCGUUCCAACAAAUAAAAAAAUUAAAAUAAGAGUAAGCGGAAAAAAUCCAGCAUAUGGAGCCACUUCAGUUGCAAUUUUACUGUCAGCCAGAACAAUAUUAAGUGAACCAACAAAUAUGCCACAAAAUGGAGGAGUACUUGGACCUGGAGCUGCAUUCAAGAAAACAAAUCUAAUAAAAAAUCUUCAUAGGAAUGGUUUUACUUUUGAAGUAUUGGAAUCAGAGUAGUAUAUUUUGGCUUAUUUAUAAUAGACAACUGUU